CACGUUCACGCGGAGUUGAAUGGUGAAGCUUUUUCUCAGCUAGAAUCAUUAUUAAGCUUUGUAGUGGGGUCCCUUUUAUGAAUAUUUGUGAACCUGAGCAACUUCAAACCUUUUAUUCCUUCUCACACAUUUGGUAUUUCAACUUCAACCACUACUGCUUUCUGCUCUCUUGUGAUCUAAUCUAUCUUUCACUGUUUUCUCUCGCUUACCAAGAAGAAAUGGCCGAAGCAAUCCUGUAUGGCGUUGCGCAGACGAUCAUUGAAAAUUUGGGCUCUAUGGUCUUCGCAGAGAUUGGAUCCAUGUUGGGUGUCGAAGAUGAGUUCGAAAAAUUGAAGGAUACUGUUUCCGCUGUUCAAGCUGUACUUCUGGAUGCUGAGGAGCAGCAGGUCAAGAACCGUCUAGUCAAGCACUGGCUCAUGAGGCUCAGGGACGCAGUCUAUGAUGCGGAUGACUUGCUGACCGAAUUCUACACUGAAGAUAUGCGUCAAAGGGUGAUGGGUGGUGAUCAAAUGGCAAAGAGGGUACGUACUUCUCUUACUACUUUCUUUUCGAGUUCAAACCAACUUGCUUUUCGUGAUACUAUGGCUAAAAAAAUAACAUCGAUGAGGGAGAGAUUUGAUGCAAUAGCAAAUGAUAUGAAUAAGUUUCAGUUUGUAGUACAUCCAUCAGAAACAAGGGUUGUGACUAGGGUGAGGGAUCAAACUUACUCAUUUGUAUGUGAAGAAGAAGUUAUAGGGAGAGAAGAGGAUAAGAAGGCCAUUAUAGAUCUAUUAUUGGCCUAUGAUGUGCAAGAGAAUGUUUCGUUUAUAUCCAUAGUGGGGAUUGGGGGGCUGGGGAAGACCACACUUGCUCAAUAUGUAUACAACGAUGAGAAAGUGAAGAAUUAUUUUGAGUUGCGCAUGUGGGUGUGUGUCUCUGAUGUCUUUGACGUAAAAACAAUUGCUGAAAAGAUAAUUAGAUGUGCAGAUGUUUCGAAACAUGAAAACCUUGACAUGGAGCAAGUACAAAAUAAACUUCGCGAAACACUCAACCAAAAGAAGUAUUUACUUGUGUUGGAUGAUGUGUGGAAUGAGGAUGAGGAAAGGUGGUAUAACUUGAAAAGACUUUUGAUAGGUGGCUCAAAGGGAAGUAAGGUAGUGAUAACAACACGGACUAAAUUGGUUGCAGAGAUUACUAGCACAAUCUCACCGUAUCAUCUAAAAGGCCUCUCGGAAAACCAAUCUUGGUCUCUAUUUAAGCAAAUGGCGUUUAGAAAAGUGCAAGAGAUGAUUAAUCCUAAUCUUGAAGCAAUUGGAAGGGAUAUUGUACAAAAAUGUUGUGGAGUGCCUCUUGCUAUUAAGGCAAUAGGCAGAAUAUUAUUCUUCAAAAAGACAGAGGAUGAAUGGUUAUAUAUCAAGAAUAAAGAACUUACAAAUGUAACUCAAGAAGAAAAUAAUAGUGGUAUUUUACCGAUUCUAAAAUUGAGUUAUGAUCAUCUCCCAUCACAUUUAAAGUGUUGUUUCGCUUAUUGUUCAUUAUUUCCUAAAGAUCAUGAGAUUUCAAAGUUGUCAUUGAUAAAUCUAUGGAUAGCACAAGGAUUUAUCCAAUCAUCAAACGAAGAGCUACGUAUGGAGGAUGUUGCUAAUGAUUACUGUAUGGAUCUACUUUGGAGGUCCUUCUUCCAAGAAGCUACAGAAGAUAGUUUUGGGAAUGUAAUUAGUUUUAAAAUGCAUGAUUUAAUCCAUGAUCUUGCACAAUCAAUCUCAAGAGUUGAGUGCACAUAUAUUGAUUCAAAUAUAGAAAAUGUCGAAAAGAAUGUUCGUCACCUAUCAACUGCAUCUCACAAUGUGCUUAAGAAGGAUUUAAGCUCAUUAUUCAAAGCAAAGAAGAUACGUACGUUGAUUUUAAUAACUGGUCCUGUGGCUUUUAACAUGUAUCAAGCUAGAGAUCAAGGUGAGGGAGAAUCAAGUUGUCAAAAACCACCUCUUGAAAUACUUUUUUCUAGUUUAAGAUGCUUGCGUGCAUUAAGCCUACGUCGCUCAGAUAUUAUUAACGUGCCAAAUUCCAUAGAAGAGUUGACAUAUUUAAAGUACCUUGAUCUUUCUAGGAAUAAAAUUGAAGUUCUCCCUAUUUCUAUUACUAGAUUGUUGAAUUUGCAAACAUUAAACCUUAGUUAUUGUGAUAAGCUUAAAGAACUACCGGGAAACAUUCAAAAUUUGUUCAACCUCCGGAAUCUUGAGUUAGAAGGUUGUGACAGUUUGACUUACAUGCCACCUGGAUUAGGGCAGUUGACUUCUCUUCAAGUAUUACCGUUGUUUAUUGUAAACGAGGGACUUACUUGUGGUGGUCUUCCGGAAUUGAACAAGCUAAAUAGCUUGAGAGGAGAACUAAGAAUAGAAAUUAAGGUACGGGUGAAAGAUGCCACCUCUAAAGCCAAGGCUGCGAAUUUGAAGGGAAAGCAGCAUCUUAGAAAAUUGGAAUUAAUAUGGCGGGGUAAGCUGGGUAACGAUGUCGCAGGUGUUUGUGAAGAUGAAAAUUUAAUGGAAGGCCUCCAGCCACACCGGAAUUUAAAAAAGUUGAAGGUGGAAGGGUACCAGGGUGUGAGAUUUCCGAGUUGGCUUCCUUCUCUGACUGGUCUUGUGAUGUUAGAAAUAUCAAAAUCGAUGUGCCAACAUCUAUCGCCAAUGUAUCAACUCCCAAAUCUCCGAAAUCUAUCUCUAGAAUAUAUGUAUGGUCUGGAAUACAUAUCAGACCGGGAAAUCACUGAAGAGAUCUCUGCUUCAUCAACAUUUUUCCCAUCCCUAGAGUCACUCAAAUUGCAGAAUUGCCCUAAUCUAAAGGGAUGGUGGAGGAGGGCUACAGUGGGUGUGGCAACAUCAAGUCAACAAUACCAGCCGCAUGUAUCUUUUCCUCGUCUUUUACAGUUGGAAAUUAGGGGUUGCAAAAACCUGACUUGCAUGCCGUUGUUUCCAAAUCUUGAAAAACGGCUACGACUGAGAGAAUGCAGUUGCAAUCCAUUGCAACAAACAAUGAAUAUGAAAGCAAUCUCUUCGGUUCCCUCUGAUUCGAACUCCUCCCCUCCUCUCUCCAAAUUAAAGUCUCUAUCUUUGUCUUGGAGUGAGGAUUUAGAGUUUCUGCCAGAGCAAUGGUUGCAAAACCUGGCUUCUCUCGAGGAGCUAGAGAUAGAAGGAUGCAAUAGACUAAAAUCUCUAUCUCUGUCUCUAUUUAUGCAACAUCUCACCUCCCUCAAUACGCUGUUUAUUAUCGAGUGCAAGGAGGUUGAUCUAUUCUGUGAUGAAGACACACAAUCUGUUGGUGUCAGUCCUCAAAUUACAGUUCUUGAAAACCUUAAAAUUUUUAGUUGCUUCAAUCUCGUAUCACUCCCCGAAGGGAUUGGCAACCUUACUGCACUUCAGAAUCUGUAUAUUUCCAAUUUGCCCUGUCUGGUAUCACUCCCCGAAGGGAUUGGCAACCUUACUGCACUUCAGAAUCUGUAUAUUUACAAUUUUCCCUGUCUGGUAUCACUCCCCGAAGGGAUUGGCAACCUUACUGCACUUCAGAAUCUUGAAAUUUCAGAUUUGCCCUGUCUGGUAUCACUCCCCGAAGGGAUUGGCAACCUUACUGCACUUCAGAAUCUUGAAAUUUCAGAUUUGCCCUGUCUGGUAUCACUCCCCGAAGGGAUUGGCAACCUUACUGCACUUUGGAAUCUUGAUAUUUACAAUUUGCCCUGUCUGGUAUCACUCCCCGAAGGGAUUGGCAACCUUACUGCACUUUGGAAUCUUGAAAUUUACAAUUUGCCCUGUCUGGUAUCACUCCCCGAAGGGAUUGGCAACCUUACUGCACUUCAGAAUCUUGGAAUUUCAAAUUUGCCCUGUCUGGUAUCACUCCCCGAAGGGAUUGGCAACCUUACUGCACUUCAGAAACUUGAAAUUACCAAUUUGCCCCGUCUGAUAUCACUUCCCGAAGGGAUUGGCAACCUUACUGCACUUCAGGAUCUUAGAAUUUCCAACUUGCCCUGUCUGGUAUCACUCCCCGAAGGGAUUGGCAACCUUACUGCACUUCAGAAACUUGAAAUUACCAAUUUGCGCUGCCUGAUAUCACUUCCCGAAGGGAUUGGCAACCUUACUGCACUUCAGAAUCUUGGAAUUUACAAUUUGCCCUGUCUGGUAUCACUCCCCGAAGGGAUUGGCAACCUUACUGCACUUCAGAAUCUUCGAAUUUACAAUUUGCCCUGUCUGGUAUCACUCCCCGAAGGGAUUGGCAACCUUACUGCACUUCAGAAUCUUCGAAUUUCAAAUUUGCCCUGUCUGAUAUCACUCCCCGAAGGGAUUAGAAGUCUCACAUCACUCAAAAGAUUUGACGUCCGUUCAUGCGCCAAUCUGACAUCACUUCCAUCAGGAAUGCAUCGGCUCUCCUCUUUACAAACCCUGAUAAUCAGAAAGUGUCCCCACUUGAAAGAAAGAUACCAGAAGGGAAUUGGCGAGAUUGCUCAUGUCCCAGAUUUUCAAUAUUAUGAUUAAAUUCUUGUUCGGCAACCAAUAUCCUUCGGCUUCUUCGGAUUUAUUCAAAGCACUGUACAAACAACUGAAAGGAUGCAAAGGAAACAUGGGACGAUAGCCUAAAAUUGCUCACUGAUGAACCCAAUUCUUGCUUCAUGCUAGGUGGAAAUAGGUGUGGACUACUCCAAUACUGCUCAAUUAUCCAUGAGAUUUGAAUUGAUUUUUGAAGGAUCAUACACUCCACUAUUUCUAAAGAUAUGAGACAAGGUUUGAAUUCUAAAUUAGCUAGAGUUGGUGUUUCUUCAAAAAAGGCUGAUUUAGUUAAUCAAAAUACAAAUCCUCAAUUUGCACGCAAGAUGCUACGGAUGUUAGUCUACCAAUACCUUUUUGAGGAUAGCUUCAGUUUUUGGCAAUUGCUAGUUGCUACGUGGGAUGUUCUAUGCCUACCCUUGGAGCAUCAAUUUUUUUGUUCAUAUCAGAAUAUUACAGAGGAAAUUUGGAGUGCCCUAGAAAGAAAUGUUGUUGCAUUGGGGAAAUAAUUUGGCAAGGAAAAACUGAAAACCAAUGCUUUCUCAUAACCUGGCUUCUCUUCAGAAUCUCUGGAUUCAGAAAUGCUGUAAACUAAAAUCCUUGUCUAUGUCUCUAUCCAUACAACAUCUCACCUCCCUUAAGUCGCUAGAGAUUAGGGGCUGCAAGGAGAUUGAUCUAUUCAGUGAUGAUGGCACGCAAUGUGUUAGUGUUAUCACUCUGCAAAGCCUCAUAAUUUCAAAAGUUCCUUGCUUGAUUACAUUACAUCACUUCAAAUACAACCAAUAUGCUUCUGCUUCUUUGGAUAGAUAUUUUCAAAGCACUAUACAAACAACUGAAAGGGUGCAAAGGAGUCAUGGGAGGUUUGCCUAAAAUUGCUCACGUGGAUGAACCCGAUUCUUUAAAUUUUCAGCUUGAUGCUAGGUGGAAAAGGUGGGAACUUCUCCAACAAUGCUCAAUUAACCUUGAGAUUGGAAUUGGUUUUCGAAGGAUCAUACACUCCACUAUUUCUAAAGAUUUAGUUAAUCAAAAUACAAAUCUUUUUGAGGAUAGCUUCAAUUUUAGGCAAUUGCUACUUGGGAUGUUCUACCACUACCUAAUGGACCAUCGGGUUUUUUUAGGAAUCAGAAUAUUACAAAGGGUGUGAUAAGGAAUUCCCCCAAUUCGAUGAAGGAUUCAUAGGCCCUAGAUUAUGCAAACUGUGUUCUAUUCAAUACAGAAAAUUGGAUUUUGAAGAAUUUUGUGCGGCUGCCUUAAGUUUGCAUUAGCUGGAAGGAAUGGAGUGCUGGGAACAACACACAAGGCAUGCCUAUGAGCUGUUUGAGAAGGAUGUCAACAAGCCAAUUAUGUUUGAAGGAACUUGCCUUUGUAUUCUCGUCAGUUUCAAAUGGAAAAUUGAUUUCAGUUUCUUUUUAAUGUCUGAAGAUAAAGUUUAAUGAUAUGUGCACGUUUAAACUUUAAUGUUUUCAUAUUAUUGUUAUUUGCAGUCAAAGUCGUAUUAUCCAGUCAGUCUUUUCUUUUUUGAUAGGUAACGAAAAAUUUUUAAUAAGAAAUAACUAGCCAACCCAAGUACAUUGGGGAUGUACUGUAGGGGCAAAAAUCAAGAUCCAAAAUUACAAUGAUCAAGUCAGUCAUACACUCAUACUACAAAUUCAAUGUAAACUCCAUCAAAAGAAGGGUUUGUCUUCCUUAACUCUGUCCUGCUGUGCUUCUUUUAAACGAUCCCACCCAUUGACAAACUCCAUCUGCCUAUACUAAUAGUUGUAGAACUUCAAGUUCUCAACUUUAUUUUCUUCCCUAAUUGUAAACCAACCUCCUCUCAUCUCUAUUAACUACCCUCCUUAUAAUUCUAAUCAUCACUGCACAUAAAGUAUCUCAAAAUCAAGUUGGUUAGGUGAUAUACUUGGUUUGUUUAUUGGUUAGGUGCAUGAACAAAUUCGAAAGUCACACUUGCUGAUAUUGAAGUAACACUGUGUUCUUACGUUAUUUCAAAAAGUAAUCAGGUAUGAGACAAGGUCAGAAUUCUAAACUAGACAAGAGCGGUGUUUUCUACCAAAAAAAAAAAACUGGUACUACUUUUGCAUCUACAAGAAAGAAAUUUGAGUCUUAUUUCUCUCAAUCCUUAUAUUGUAAUAGCCUUCCUAAAAAUGAGAUUAAGAAUCCUUUCUAUUAUCUCUCCAUUGGCAAAUUUUGUUUAAUACAAGAAAUAUUCAAUUUGCAUUCAAGAUGCUACAAAUGUCACAAGUUUCAUCUUCUACCAGUGCCUUCUUGAGGAUAUCUUCAACUUUAGGGUAGCUGGUCUACUGCUACUUGGGAUGUUCUACCAGUAUUUCGUUCAUACCAGAAUAUUGAAAGGAGCAAGUGCCCCUUGUAGAAAAUAUUGUUACAUUGAGGAAAUAAUUUGGCAAGGAAGAAUUGCAAACCAAAGCUUUCUCACAACAAUGUUCUCUAGAAGAAGUCAUUCAGAACUCAGCAAAAGAUGACAUUUCCAUAUUGCCCUCAAAAUUUGAAAUCAGUCUUCAUUGAUUAACUAGAGCAUUGGAGAAAGGUUCAAUGUUCUCAAACCACUCCCCGAAGGGAUUGGCAACCUUUCUACACUUCAAAUACUUGAAAUUCGUGACUGCAACUUUCUCAGAUCACUCCCCAACAGGAUUGGCAACCUUACUGCACUUCAAAUACUUGAAAUUUGCAAAUGCCCCUCUCUCAGAUCACUCCCUGAAAGGAUUGGCAACCUUACUGCACUUCAAAAACUUGAAAUUUUCUAUUGGCCCAAUCUGAUAUCACUCCCCGAAGGGAUUGGAAGUCUCACAUCACUUGAAAGAUUUGAAGUCCGUUCAUGCCACAAUCUGACAUCACUUCCAUCAGGAAUGCAUCAGCUCUCCUCUUUACAAACCCUGACAAUCACUGACUGUCCCCACCUGAAAGAAAGAUACCAGAAGGGAAUUGGCAAGAUUGCUCAUGUCUCAGAUUUUCAAUAUCGUGAUUCUUAUUAUUUUUAAGGAUUAAAUUCUUGUUCGGCAACCAAUAUCCUUCGGCUUCUUUGGAUUUAUUCAAAGCACUGUACAGACAACUGAAAGGAUGCCAAGGAAACAUGGGACAAUUGCCUAAAAUUGCUCACUGAUGAACCCAAUGGGUAACCCAAUUCUUGGUGCAUAAAUUGAUUGGAAAGUCCCCCUUGUUGAUAUUGGAUUGAUAUUGUUGGGGAAGAUCAACUUGGAUAACUAUGCAAAAGCAGCUUCAUGCCAGGUGGAAAUAAGUGUGGACUACUCCAAUAUUGCUCAAUUAUCCAUGAGAUUUGAAUUGAUUUUUGAAGGAUCAUACACUCCACUAUUUCUAAAGUCAAGGUUCUCAACAAUUUGAUUUUGUAUCCAAAUAUGAGACAAGGCCAGAAUUCUAAAUCAGCUAGAGUUGGUGUUUCCUCAAAAAAGGCUGCACUAUACAAACAGCUGAAAGGGAGCAAAGGAAUCAUGGGAGGAUUGCCUAAAAUUGCUCACGUGGAUGAACCCAAUUCUUCAAAUUUUCAGGAAAGGGGGCAUGCUACUAGUACCACUGUUCUCAUAUGCAAAAGCAAUUGAAUCAUCCAAAAAGUCCCAAUGUUGUACUUUUGCUUGUUUAAAAACUUUUGGGCUCUGCAAUUGUGCAAAUAGUCAACAACUAGGCGGAAAAGGUGGGAACUGCUCCAACAAUGCUCAAUUAUCCUUGAGAUUGGAAUUGAGUUUUGGAGGAUCAUACAAUCCACUGUUUCUAAAGAUGUGAGACAAGAUUGGAAUUCUAAAAUAGCUGGAGUUGGUUUUUCCUCAAAAAAGGCUGGUACUACUUAUGCAUCUACAAACAAAAACUUGAGUCUUAAUUAUCUCAAUCCUUAUCUUGUAAUAGCUUUCAUGAAAGUAUUAGGAAUCCUUAUCUUGUUUUCUUUUCAUUGGCAGAUUUAGUUGAUAAAAAUAAAAAAUUUUUUUGAGGAUAGCUUCAGUUUUAGGCAACUUCUACUUGGGAUGUUCUACACUACCUAAUGGAGCAUCAGGUUUUUUAUUAAAAUCAGAAUACUACAUGGGUAAUCACUUCAAUUUUUCCUCCUUAUAUUUGUUUUGCUAGUGAAAACUGUGAAACGGGCUGCCUAUUUGAUGCCUAAGAAAAUAUUAUAUUCAUAAAGCCUUUUGAAAUUUCCUGUUUUCUCAAGGUGUGAUAAGGAAUUCCCCUUAAUUGAUGAAGGAUUCACAGGCCCUAGAUUAUGCAAACCAUGUUCUAUUCAACACAGAAAAUAGGAUUUUGAAGAAUUUUGUGCGGCUGCCAUAAGUUUGCAUCAAUUGGAAGGAAUGGAGAGCUGGGAACAACAUCCAAGGCAUGCCUAUGAGCUGUUUGAGAUGGAUGUCAACAAGCCAAUUAUGUUUGAAGGAACUUGCCUUUGUAUUCUUGUCAGUUUCAAAUGGUACUUAAACAGAUCGGAAAGUCUCACUUGCUAAUAUUGGAGUAACUCUAUGUUGUGAGAUCAUUUAAAAAGUAAUCAGGUGGAAAUAGGUUGGGAUUGCUCUAAUCCAUGAGAUUUGAAUUGAUUUUUGAAAGAUCAUACAAUCCAGGAUUUUGAAAGAAAUGAGACAAUGUCAGAAUUCUAAAUCAGACAGGAGCGGUGUUUCUUCGGAAAAAAAAUCUGAUUUUGUUUAAUACAAGAAAUAUUCAAUUUGCAUUCAAGAAUUUGCUAUGAAUGGAACAAGUUUCAUCAUCUACCAGUACCUUUUUGAGGAUAUCUUCAGCUUUAGGGCAACUGGACAAUAGCUACUUGGGAUGUUCUACCAGUAUCUUCUGGUGCAUCAGUAUUUUGUUUAUAUCAGAAUUUUGAAAGGAUCAAGUGUGCCUAGUAGAAAAUAUUGUUACAUUGAGGAAAUAAUUUGGCAAGGAAGAUGAUACAAACCCAUGGGUAGAACUCACCCUUGAGAACUGGCUUGCAAGUGGAGGCUGCCCAAGAGUUUAGAUACACAUUUAUAAGUUUACACUUCAUCCAUAUUAGACACUAGGAUCAUAAUAGAAGAACUACACACCAAAGCUUUCUCACAACAAUGUUCUCUAGAAGAAGUCAUCUAGACUCAGCAAAAGAUGAGCUUUUGUGUUCAAACAGAUUGUGACAUUUCCAUUUUGUUAUCAGGAUUUGAAAUCGGUCUCCAUUGGUUAAUUACACCAUCGGUAAAAAGCUUCAGUUUUAUUCUUUUUCUUAAGUGUGUUCCAUUGAUCAACCAGCUUAAUUUGUAUAAUUAAAAUCUUUGAUUCAGUUUUUGUACUCACUUCUCAUUGGGUCUUGAAAUCAAAGUUCAUAUGGAUGUUUGAGAAUAUUUAUGUUCACCCAUCUGAAUUUUGAAUUGUAUCUUAAGUAAAUUAUGGUGAACAUUAUGUCAAAAUUCUAUUUGAUGUGGUAUUAAUGUUGCUUCA